UUGCAACAUGAAAUGAAAAUUGGGUUAUCUAAGUUGUUUUGAAAUGUUUAUUGGACAUUUAUUAUAAUAAGUGUACGAUAAUAUUUUCCACCGUACAAUAAUUCGUCACUUAAGUACGAUAAUUCACUUCCACUCACCUGGCAACCCCGUUCGAGCCGGCGGUACACUGCCGGCGCGCCUUCUUGGUAUUUUCAGUUGUCAAAUUGUCAAAGUUCGUUAUAUUUUCCUCAUCUUGGUCGUCGUGUUUGUCCAUCUGUUUUUUAACUCUUGGAUAGAAGUUUCCUGUUAUUAAUUUCUUGGUGAAAAAUGGCUGAAUUACCUUAUCAAGCGGAGUAUGCUAAAACAGGGCGGGCCGGUUGCAAAGGGUGUAAACAAAAGAUUGACCAAGGAGCAUUAAGAAUCGCGGUUAUGGUGCAGUCCGCGUUUCAUGAUGGAAAACAACAUAACUGGCACCAUGAAGAGUGUUUCUUCAGAAAGCAACGACCGAAGAUCGCGAGCGACAUCGGGAACUUUAAUAAACUGCGGCAUGGUGACCAAAAGAGGAUCAAGGAAGCAAUUGAAAACCUAACUGGCAUAGUGAUGCCAGUAGAAAAAGGCAAAGGCAAGGGUAAAAAGAGAGCCAACGGGGAUGCUUCUGCUGCUGCGAGUCUUGCAGCCCUCAAAGAUUUCUUCAUAGAGUACUCCAAGUCGAGCAGAGCUACCUGCAAACACUGUGAAAUUAAGAUUUGUAAGGAUGAAGUCCGUAUUUCGAAAACUGUGUAUGACACAGAAAUCGGCCAGAAAUAUGGUGGGCAGCCACUAUGGCACCAUGUCAAUUGCUUCGCCGAGGCGCGGGGCGAGCUGCUCUACAUGGCUGGCGGGGAGGACCUGCCGGGCUUCAAGACCUUGAAGAAGGAUGACCAGAAAAUGGUUAAGGAAGCAAUUAAACCACUAAAGGGUGAAGAAGUUCCAAUAAAGAAACUAAAAGCAGAACCAAAGGAUGAGAAAGAGUUAGAAGAAGAAAAGGAACUAGAAAAGAAAAUUGUAGCUCAAAACAAGCUGUUCUUCAAAUAUAGGGAUGCCCUGAGUGAUUACAAAAAGAAAGAUAUCCAGGACAUUCUGGAAGCUAAUAACCAGAAGGUGGUGCCCGGCAAAGAUGAGUUGCGUGACCUGCUGGCCGAUAUUAUGGCGUUCGGGGCGCUCGAACCUUGUCCCGAGUGCAAGGACCAGCUUGUGCUCGAUACCUUCGGUUACAAGUGUACAGGUAGUAUAUCCGAAUGGACAAAAUGCAGCUACGUGACUAAAGAGCCGAAGCGCAAACCAAUGAAGGUGCCCGCCGCGUUCAAGGACGGCGCGCCCUUCAAAAGGUUCAAGCCCAAGAAGGGCGUGCGAGUCUUCGACAACGCGCCGCCGCCGCAGAUCAUUGUCAAGAAAGAAGAGCCUAAAGACGAAAUAAAAAAAAACAUUCCAAUCCCACCACUGAAGAACCUCCAAUUCUUCAUGUAUGGCAAGCUGAAGACUGAUAAGGAGAAGCUGAAACACCGCAUCCUUAAGCUGGGCGGGCUGGUCACCAGCAAGAUCACUGAUACACUGGCUGCUGUUGUGUCUUCUAAGGAUGAGCUCGAGAAGAUGAACAGCAAGAUGGAGGAGGUACAGAGGGCUGAUAUCGAGGUUGUGGAACCAAGCUUUUUCGAUCUGAUUGACCCAGAGAACGGAUCGAUAGCCAAGACUCUCGAGCUGAUCAAGGAACACAAUAUUGCUGAUUGGGGAUCUGAUCCUGCAAAGCGAGUGCCCCAAGAUGUAAUUGAUGGGAAAUCGAUUCAUAAGUCUGGUAGUUUGUACAAGUCCUCAAAGUCUGGACCCACCAAACUGAAACUCAAAGGUGGUACAGCUGUGGACCCCGACAGUGGUCUAGCGGACGUGGCCCACGUAUACCGCGACCCUAUGGGCACUAAAUACACGGUGGUCCUGGGCAAGACAGACAUCGUGGCGGGGAAGAACUCCUACUACAAGAUGCAGGUGCUGGAAGCGGACGACAUGGAAAAGUACUGGUUCUUCCGAGCGUGGGGCCGCAUCGGAACCACCAUCGGCAGCAACAAGCUGGAGGACUGCCGCUCCGUGGACGAGGCCAUCAUGAAGUUUGAGGAGAUGUUCGAGGAGAAAACGGAGAACUACUGGGAUCCCAACACGAAACACUUUAAGAAGGUCCCAGGUGCAUACUAUCCAGUGGAGGUGGACUACGAAGAGGAGUCGAAAGCGGCGCCGCUACACACCGACACAGCCUGCAAGCUGCCGAUGCCGGUCCAGAAGCUCAUCACGCACAUCUUCGACAUUUCUGUCAUGAAGAAGACACUGCUCGAGUUCGAGCUCGACACAGAAAAGAUGCCAUUGGGUAAACUGUCGAAGAAGCAAGUCAAGGCUGGAUACAAGGUGCUCUCCGAGCUGCUCGACCUGCUGAACAAGGGCCAGGCCAGUCAGAACAAAAUCAUUGACGCUACCAAUAGGUUCUUCACGCUGGUGCCGCACAAUUUCGGCGUGAACAACCCGCCGCUGCUGGACAACGUCGAGGCCAUCAAGGCCAAGACCGAGAUGCUCGACAAUCUGCUGGAGAUCGAGAUCGCCUACAGUCUGCUCAAAUCAGACGCCGACGCUCGCACGAGCCCGAUCGAGUCCCACUACCUGAAGCUGAAGGCGGAGAUCGUGCCGCUGGAGCAGGGCUCGCCGGAGUUCGCCAUGAUCGCCGCCUACACCGCCAACACGCACGCCGCCACGCACUCCAACUACACCCUCCACAUACAGGAGGUAUUCAAAGUGGUCCGUGACGGCGAAGAGAAGCGCUACAAGCCGUUCAAGAAGCUGCACAACCGCCGCCUGCUGUGGCACGGCUCGCGCGUCACCAACUUCGCGGGCAUCCUGUCGCAGGGUCUACGUAUCGCGCCGCCGGAGGCCCCGGUGACGGGCUACAUGUUCGGCAAGGGCAUCUACUUCGCCGACAUGGUGUCCAAGUCGGCCAACUACUGCUGCACCAGCAAGAGCAGCCCCCUCGGGGUCAUGCUGCUCGCUGAGGUCGCUCUGGGCAACAUGAAAGAGUGCACGGCCGCGACGUACGUGGAGAAGCUGCCGGCCGGCACGCACAGCACGUGGGGGCAGGGUCGUACCCAACCGGACCCCGCCAUGAACAAGACUCUGGACUGCGGGACCGUGGUGCCGCUCGGCACGCCCGUCACCAGGAACAUCAACACUUCGCUGCUCUACAACGAAUUCAUCGUAUACGACGUGGCGCAAGUCAACGUCAAGUACCUGCUGCAGAUGAAGUUCAACUACAAGUAUUAAAACAUCUGUUGUGUAAACUAUUCUAUGGCUGCAACACACAACCAAGUCAUCACAUACUACUUCAACUUACUAAAGCAUCUGCUUGUUGUAUUACUACCAGUGUUGGCCGAACGUUAAUUAGAAUUGACCAGUAACCAUUACAAAUUGAACCGAAAACCGUAACGGACGGGUACAGUUCUAUCUAAUUUACGUUCGGCCAACACUGGUUACUACAUUAUAUAAUACAGAUGUAAGUGAAUAAUCCUCUCCCAUCGUUUUUCGCGGAAACAUACGAGCGUGUCAUGGGUAAUACACAUUUUAUAGUAUGCUUAACUCAUUCCCGUAUUUCUUGUAGACAUCAGAAAGUUAAAAAAACCAAAAGCUAAUUUAAUGCUUACCCUUACGGACCAAAUACAUAACCUAUAUAUAUAUAUAUAUAUAGUCUCAGCGAUAUACCCCGAAAUUCAGUAAAAUGCUGAAAAUGGUGUUAAAAGUAUGUAAAUCGGCUCAAAAGGCCCUUUCAUUUAAUACAACACAUUUUUUUUUUGUUUUACUGGUCAAAACGAUUCAAAUGGUCUAAAGACCAAUCGUACCUAUUUUCAUGCUUUGAACACUAUUUGCAGUGCUGUUUGGGACAAAACCGAACCUUACCGAGAAAAUACAGUGGGAAAAGUUUAUUCACUACAUACGUACGUACCUGAACUGCGUUCUAUUGUUUUAUGUUUGGAAAUAUAGUUCGGUUCAGUCACUAUGACGGGCAGAUUUGUCUAAUCUAACCUUUAAUUACGAGUCAAGUCACGCGUCUUCGUGAAUGAUACGAUCUAUAUUUACUUUUUAUCCUGCAUACAUGCACUUUACACAAAACUGAUUAAAUCCCCGCAAAAAAUAGAAACUCGUAAAGGAUCGCAUCCUUUUCCGUACGGAACAACACGGUAUAUUUAGUCCACUGGCGUCUACCUCUUUACGACAAAUAAUAGUAAACCAAGGUUCCCCCGAGCAUGUGUAUUUUAAGAAUAAUACGAUAUUUUUGUGUAAUUGUUAAAUCUGAGAAUUGGUGAUAAUAUGAUUUUUACAAGAAAUUAAUACUCCAAUAAUGAUGAUCGUGUCCACGCCAAUCGAAGGUUAUUUGUUAUAUUUUAUUUUAAUUGUUUGUUCUUAUGGCAGCGGGUCCCAUAACCAUAAUUUUCACUGGGCCCUUUUAUGUUGUAUUUUAUCGUUACUUAUGUUAUAAAAAUAACUCGUUAUAUUAAUCGUGAAAAAACGAGUCUCUUUUUCUUAAUAUGGAAAAAGCUGAUGGUUACUUUAAAAAAUAUGUAUUACGAGUGAUCUGUAUUGUUACAAUAAUUAGGCGUAAGAUUUUUAAUUUGCCUUCAUUCCAUGUAAUGAUUGAAUGAUUAAUAAAUAUUUUUCUGCAA